AUGGCCGAGAGACGUAAGCCUAAACCAGCUGGACAGCUUGGAGCAAGUGCAUUGGUGACAGACAGCCCCGUGAUGUCAGCAAGAGCAUGUCCACCACAGGAAAGCUCCAUCGUCCAGAUAAAUCGCAUCGGCGAUGUCCACAGGAUGCAAAAUCUCCAUGCCUCUGUUGCCAACGUCAUUCUCUGCUCUUGA